AUGUAUGCUGCUCGCGCUGCCUCCCGACCCAAGUUGUCUUUGAGCAUCUCGGCUACACAGACUGCGCCUCGACCAUCGCUGUCUCUCAAAUCCCCCGGCCCCGUUCCUCGAACUCCCAUUUCGCCUGUGUCUGCUGCAAGCCCUACAAGCAAGAGAUUUUCGACUCUUCAGGUGCCGUCAUAUGGCUACGCCAACUCUUGCUCUUCUAAGAGCAUUCUCAAGAAGCAGCCGUCGGUGCGACCGACCGCCCAAGACAAGCGCAUUCAAUUCAAGAGUACACCUACUGUCCACUGCGUGACCCCCAUUGAGAAUCCAGACGAGUACUAUGGCAAGCACACCAGGAUUUCCCGAGACGAACGACGAUGGGGAAGCCGCGAGUGA